AUGUCCACUCGUAGAGCAUUCAGAAGUGCCGCCAUUUACUCUGGCAUUAGCAGCUUUUUAGUGAAUACAGCUGCGACAUUUUUCUUGGCGUUCGACGAGUGUGGUCCGAAAUCCGGUCGUGAAUGCCCAUAUGUCCUGUGUGGUGAUUUCAAUAUCCAACCCUAUUGUGCAAUUUACAAUUUCAUUGUUAACAGUGUAUUGUCAUUCCGAAAUUUACGACGGCACAAUAUUUCGGGCCAGUGCCGAAAUGGUGGCCCAUUGGUUGGAAUUAAUUUACUACCAGCUGCACUGAAGAUUGGCCAUGAUUGCCGAUUCGGGAACUUGCAAGGUAAGCCUACGGCUCGCGAUAACGCGACCGGGAGUAACGCAACUCCAGCUUUGACUUUCUUCCGUGAAAAUGUCUCCAUGCCAAUGAUACUUCCUCGAAGUAAAAUUACACUCUCUUUCAUAACUCAGUUUUCCAUUAGCUGUCGCUGUCCUUUUGAUUCUUAA